AUCCGCCCAUGCACCUAACACUAACAGUAUGUUACACACGUGUGUGAGGGUAAGUGUUUUUUUUUUUAAUUAAAAUGAAAAUUAAUAUUAUUAAUGGGGUGGAUGGGUGUUUACUGUUUAGUUAUUUAUUAAAUCAUUAUCUUCUCCAAUGGCAAUUGGGCUGUUGGAGCCUCUGAUUUCACCUGCUGUUCUCUCACACUAUCCUCACCCUUCACUUCUUGGAGUCACAGUGCCUAUAACAGUUUCUAAUAAACCACAAAUCAAAGCUCCAUCAACAAAAAUGGCCACUUCUGCAACUGAACCUAACACUAAAUCCAAUUCUGUCAAAACCAUUGAUUCACAUCUUCACGUCUGGGCAUCUCCUCAAGAGGCUGCGGAUAAAUACCCUUACUUCCCUGGCCAAGAACCCACUUUGAGUGGAGAUGUACAUUUCUUGCUUCAGAACAUGGAAGAAGCAGGCGUAGAUGGUGCGCUAAUUGUGCAGCCCAUUAAUCAUAUGUUUGAUCAUUCUUUAGUGACAAGUAUCCUGAAGAAGUAUCCAACCAAGUUUGUUGGUUGCUGCCUUGCAAAUCCUGCAGAAGAUGGAAUUGGACUUAAGCAGCUUGAAGAACUUGUCUUGAAGGACGGUUAUCAUGCUGUUCGCUUUAAUCCAUAUUUGUGGCCAGCUGGUCAAAAGAUGACAAAUAAUGUUGGGAAAGCAUUGUUUUGCAAAGCAGGAGAACUUGGGAUACCAGUUGGUUUCAUGUGUUUUAAGGGACUCAAUCUUCAUAUCGCAGAAAUUCUGGAACUUUGUACAGAAUUCCCUUCUACAGUUGUAUUGAUGGAUCAUUUGGGUUUCUGCAAACCACCAAGCAAUGAUGAAGAAAGUCUCGUCUUCUCUGAGCUUCUGAAGUUAUCCAGAUUCCCACAGGUAUAUAUUAAAUUCAGUGCCCUGUUCCGUGUGUCAAGAAUGUCAUACCCAUACCAAGACUUAUCGCCCCUUCUCUCGCAAGUUAUCUCUAGCUUCGGUGCAAACCGUGUCAUGUGGGGCAGUGAUUUCCCAUAUGUUAUUCCAGAAUGUGGUUAUGCUGGAGCAAAAGAAGCAGCGUCUUCAAUUGCCAGUCAAGUACCAUUAUCAUCUUCUGAGUUGGAGUGGAUCAUGGGUAAAACAGUCAUGCAACUCUUAAAAGGUCAAUGGCUGCCAUGAGCAAAUAUCAUCGAACCUUGCAAAUCAUGAUAUUAAGUGUCCAUUUUUUUAUGGAAAUCAUGCAAGGAAUGUUAAUUUCACCCCUUAGAAUGGUCCUGUUUGAUUCGUAAUCUUUCAGAAGUUAUAAAAGUCCGCAUGAAAAUAUUGUAUGGAAGUCCAUUCUGUUUCAGGGUCGGAGAGCUCAGGCAGUUUGCGAUGAAAGAACAGAAUACCACACUCGAACAUAUUAUUGAGAAAAAUAUGAAUCUGUUAAACUGAUUAUUUUCUAA